UUCAUCUGCCAGGGCCAAAGAUGAAUUGCAGAAGGCUGGUUUUGGGACAAAUGACUAAAGAGAAAACAGAAAGUCUCUGGCAUCUGAAUUCCACAUCUUCAGAACACUUGGGGAACAGAAACACUGUGACUGAGUUUGUCCUCCUGGGACUCACCCAGAACCCUGAGUGGCAAAAAGUCCUCUUUGUCACAUUUUUGCUCAUCUACAUUGUGACAGUGGUGGGCAACAUGCUUAUCGUGGUGACCAUCAUGGGCAGCCCGUCACUGGGAACCCCCAUGUACUUUUUUCUGGCUUAUUUGUCCUUUAUAGAUACUGUCUACUCUACUGCCUUUGCUCCCAAAAUGAUCACAGACUUGCUCUAUGAGAAAAAGACCAUUUCCUUCAAGGCUUGUAUGAGUCAGGUCUUUAUAGAUCACUUAUUUGCUGGUGCUGAAGUCAUCCUUCUGGUGGUGAUGGCCUAUGACCGAUACGUAGCCAUCUGUAAACCUCUUCAUUACUUGGUCAUCAUGAAUCGGCGGGUCUGUGUUCUCAUGCUGCUGGUGGCCUGGACUGGAGGCUUCCUGCACUCACUGUUCCAGUUUGUCUUCAUCUAUCAGCUCCCUUACUGUGGCCCCAAUGUCAUCGACAGCUUUGUGUGUGAUGUGUACCCCUUAUUGAAACUUGCUUGCACUAAUACCUACCUAGUUGGGAUCUCACUGAUUGCUAAUGGAGGAGUAAUUUGCACUGUCAUCUUUUUCAUUCUCCUGGUCUCCUAUGGAGUCAUAUUACGUUCUCUGAAGCCUCAUGGAUUGGAAGGGAAACGCAAAGCCCUCUACACUUGUGUUUCCCAUAUCACUGUGGUUUUUUUAUUCUUUGUGCCCUGUAUCUUCCUGUAUGCAAGGCCCAAUACCACCUUUCCUGUUGAUAAAUUUAUUACUGUGUUUUUCACUUUCAUGACUCCCAUGUUGAACCCCUUAAUCUAUACUUUGAGAAAUGCAGAAAUGAAAAAUGCCAUGAGGAAACUCUGGAGUAAAAUGUGA